AAUAAGCGUAUCUCCGACGAUACUUGUAUAACAACGAAAUCAGAGUGCGCGGUUAUACACAUUACUAACCACAAGGUAAUAUCAUAGUCAUAUAUUUCUUUAUAGUUUACGAUCACUUCACUGAAUUUGUAGGGUGAAUGGCAGCUGGAUCCAGUUCCCAAAACCCAGCCACUGAUGACAAAUCAGCAAACCAGAGCGCUAAACCGUCACUAGCUGGGAAUGACCCGAAGGAGGAACUAGGAAGCAAAAAAUGGGUCUAUAUCGUCAGUCUCUUUAUUGGGGUAUUGGUAAUACUUACUCUUGGGGUCGGCCUUUUCAUGACAUUCAAAGGACGAGCCAUAACUGGGUACAACUACACAACGGUGGUCCACCAUAUGAAUUCUACCCGUCCUACUACCUUUUCGCCUGUACCUUCGCGUUCACCUAAACAGGAUCCUAUAGGUGAACCAGACGAGAUGAAGACGAGUAGCUCCGGUCAGUCUCGCACUACAUUGCGACCCCGGCUUCCAUCUGUGUUUUCAAAGACCUCCGAUCGCAGUAAUACGCCGACCCACAGAGCCACUACAGACAUGAUAACCAGCAGUUCUACAGAACAGGCUUCCUCUCAGUCUGAAGAGAAUACCAAGAAUACUUCAAACGAAGUUGAUACUGAGCCCGAAAAUGAUGGCAUUAGCAAACCCGAAGGCUCUUCUGAGGGACGUCACGCAACAAACUCGCAGUAACUAACGGACGGUUCUGUUUUACAACAAUCGGAGCGAGCUAUAUCAUUUCACUGAAUGGAUGUGAUUGCUUUAAUUGAAGUAAUGUUUAUACAACUAUCGGACAAAUAAGUUUCAACAUGUACACAUGUCUCGAUGAUUUCAUGUAAAUGAAUAUCAUAAUGAACAAUA